CCGUUUUCAUUUAAAUACCGAUUACAUAACUUUACAUUUUUAGUUCUAUAGGUUUUUCGCGGAAGAGUUAAUGAAAAUUACUAAAAAAAACUGUCCAGAAUAUCUACUAGCAAACAAUGAGACUAGUUAUUCGUGAUAAUGUUGAUCAAGUCAGCGAAUGGACAGCUAAAUACAUCACGCGUAGAAUUAAAGAUUUUAAUCCUGGACCAGAUAAAUACUUCACAUUAGGUUUACCUACAGGUAGUACUUCAUUAGGAACUUAUAAAAAGUUGAUAGAAUUUAUCCAACAAGGGAAGCUAUCCUUCAAAUAUGUUAAGACAUUCAAUAUGGAUGAGUAUGUAGCUAUACAAAGGGAUCAUCCUGGAAGUUCUCAUUCCUUUAUGUGGCACAAUUUCUUCAAACACAUUGACAUAGAUCCAAAGAAUGCCCACAUACUUGACGGCAAUGCCACAGAUUUGAUAAAGGAGUGUAAUGAUUAUGAGAAAAAGAUCACAGAUGCUGGUGGGAUUGAACUGUUUGUUGGAGGUAUAGCGCCAGAUGGUCAUAUAGGUUUCAAUGAACCAGGUUCCAGUCUUGCGUCAAGGACUCGUAUUAAAAUCCUUAGUAAAGACUUAAGCAUUGCCGAUACUAGCGUGUUUGAAGGAAAUUGUCCUAAACAGGCCUUAACAGUUGGUAUACAAACUGUUAUGGACGCAAGAGAGGUGAUGAUACUGAUCACAGGAGCCCACAAAGCCUACGCAUUACACAAGGUCAUAGAAGAGGGGGUCAAUCACAUGUGGACCGUCUCAGCAUUCCAGCAGCAUCCGCAGACGAUUUUUAUCUGUGAUGAAGAUGCAACUUUAGAACUUAAGGUCAAAACAGUAAAGUAUUUUAAAGGUUUGAUGGAGCGUUAUAAUCAGCUGAUUGAAGAGAAAUGUGAAUAUUGAAAUGAAAUGGGCAAUCAUGGAGUUGUUUUUAGAGAAAGGAUGCCUGUCAAGCCAUGUUAUGACCUAAUCUUAAUAUUAAAUUUUUACUCUGAA